AUGGCACCUACCGCAGAAAGAUAUCGACCGAUAGUCUGCUCGGGACCAUCAGGUACGGGCAAAUCCACCCUCAUCAAGAGGUUGUUCGAGAAGCAUCCCGAUCAUUUCGGCUUCAGCGUCUCCCAUACCACGCGAAAGCCUCGUCCAGGCGAGCAAAAUGGCGUACAUUAUCAUUUCACCACGCCUGAGGAGUUCGAGAAAAUGAUCGGGAAAGACGCAUUCAUAGAACAUGCCAAAUUUGGAGGGAACUACUACGGAUCCUCAAAGAAGGCGGUUCAAGAUGUUGCAGAGGGUAAAGGCAAGAGUAUAGACGGCACGACUGCUGAGGGCAAGAGAAUAUGCAUCUUGGACAUUGAAAUGGAGGGGGUCAAACAGCUGAAAAAGAGUGCUCUGAAUCCCAGAAUAUGCUUCAUACAACCACCCAGCGUUGAGAUCCUGGAACAAAGAUUGCGAGGCCGAGGCGACACAAGCGAGGACUCCAUACAGAAACGACUGUCCCAGGCCAAGAACGAGAUGGAAUACUGUAGGACUGAAGGAAAGAACGACAAGGUCAUUAUCAACGACGAUCUUGAGCGGACAUUCAAAGAGCUGGAUGAAUGGGUGAUGCAGGGCAUUCCUGCCUAG